AUGGAUGUGAAAAACCAAACGACAGUGACGGAGUUCAUUCUUCUUGGCUUUUCGGGAGAGCCCUCUCUGCAGCUGGCACUGUUCGUGCUGUUCCUCACCGUCUACCUGCUGUCCCUCGUGGGGAACACGCUCAUCGUUUUCAUCGUCCUUACCGACUGCACCCUGCAGACGCCCAUGUACAUCUUCCUGGGGAACCUGUCCUUCCUGGAGAUCUGGUACACCACGGCCACGGUGCCCAAGCUGCUGGCCACCUGCCUGCCCCGGGUGGUCACCAUCUCCGUCUCCGGCUGCGUCGUCCAGUACUACUUCUUCUUCUCCAUGGGCGCCACCGAGUGCAUCCUGCUGGCCGUAAUGGCCUACGACCGCUACGUGGCCGUCUGCAGCCCGUUGCGCUACUCGCUCCUCAUGGCGCUCCCCACCUGCCUGCGCUUGGCGGCCGCAGCCUGGGCCGGGGGCUUCCUCGCCCCUCUCUUACCCACCGUGCUCAUCUCUCGUCUGAACUUCUGCGGUCCCCAAAAGAUCAACCACUUCUUCUGUGACUCAGACCCCAUUUUUAAGCUCUCCUGCUCGGACACGUUCUUGGUGGAGGCCCUGGGCUACACGUGCAGCUCCGUGGUCAUCCUGAGCUCCUUCCUGCUCACCAUGUCGUCCUACGGCCACAUCGUGGCGGCCAUCGUCCGGCUGUCCUCCCGCGAGGCUCGCAGGAAGACCUUCUCCACCUGCGCCUCGCACCUGUCGGUGGUCACCAUCUACUACGGCACCAUCAUCUUCAUGUACGUGCGCCCUCCCGCCAAGUACAACUUCACGGUGGGCAAGGUGGUCUCGGUGUUCUACUGCGUGCUCACGCCGCUGGUGAACCCGCUCAUCUACACGCUGCGGAACCAGGACGUGAAGAAAGCCUUCGCGAAGGUUCUCACGCGAAGGCAGUUCUGA